UUUGCUUAUAGUUGCGUGCAUCCGCACUGUUGGUGUACUCUCUAGCUAUGAAUUUAAUGUGGAGAAGCAUCACAGUUCGAAAUGGGUCAAUAUAUGUCGCGGACUAGGCGGACUAGAUUAUCCCAACUACCACGGACUACAGCGUAUUAUGCGACACCCACUACUAUGGGUGCCCACACACCCGCAACUACGCACGUACUCAUCGCCGGAGAUGCAAGGGCACCACCAGUUACUUUAAAACGUUCGCGUACGCAAGAUGAUGGUAGUGAAGAUGAAGAAGGAGAUAAAGCCCAAAUAAAGAAGAGACGAGUUGAGAACACAUAUUAUCAGGUUGUAGGAGACUUAAAGCACACCUCGGAGUACAUGUUCACACAGCUCUUUGAGAAUGGCGUGGGUAGUGAUGUGUGCAUAACGGCUUUGGGUCACUCGUGGCAUCUGCAUAAGGUAUUGCUACGCCAAUCAAAGUUCUUUGACUGUAUGUUCUCGGGGAGGUGGGCGGAUGAUAGCGACAGUAAUGUGACACUCACAAUCGACGAUCCUAACGUUGACGUGGCGGCGUUGUCCACGUGCUUUGCGUCCAUGUAUGGUGAUAGCAUUGUUAUUACUGUGGAUGGUCUGAUAUCGCUCGUGGCCAGCGCGACACUCCUGCAGCUCGACAACGUCCUCGACCGUUGCUUAGCAACCGCCAAGGGAUCCCUGGACUCCAGCAACGUCCUCACUCUAUACGAAGCUGCUCGCAUGUACGGCAUGACAGGCAUAGAAACACUCACAGUCGACUACCUCAGCUCAAGAAUACUCCUGUACGCAGAAGACACCCACACGCCACCCAUCAACUGGUUACUCGGGCUGGAUGCUGCGCUUAUGCAGCGCCUUGUGGUGUCAUCGACGUUGUGGGUGUUCACAGUGGAGCUGGAUGUGUACUCACUAUGCUGCAUGUGGAUGUACGCUCAGAUUGAACGCGAUACCAUUGAGGAGUACAUUGACAAGACAUCGUCCGACGACUGCAGUAAACUGCUUAAGGGCUGGUCCGAAGAGUUUUUCUCGUCCUGGGCUAAAGAGAAUAAGGACACUGCGUUUCUCAACAGUGAGAUAGGCCAGCGGUACAUACCUGUGUUUAGAGCACUCCGUUUAGAACACGUUAUAAACGCCAUCGAACAUCUGGACAAGGUGGAGACGGAUGCGAUCAUACCCAGGGACUGGGUACAUGCCGCUGUCUAUAACUGGUGG